CAGACGCGUGACUUGGUUCGUAUCGGUCAUCGGGCUGUUUCUUCUGACUCACGCACGCCAAGUCACGUCCUUCACGCGCCGAUUGAGCCUAACUCGGUAGGGAUGCCGCUCGGAGUUGCGAAAAUCACACUCUACAGGGUUAGCUCGUUUUUUCGGAUGAAUGUAAUUUGCUUCGCUUGAAAACAUCUAGACUGUGACAUUUUAUACGAACAACACGGCAAGAGGAUUUUUUAUGCAAUGCUGUCUGUCACAAACUUGAUCGUAACUGUUGUUUGUUCUAUUCUGCUAACCCUGGAUUUUGGUUGCAGCGCUCUGCCAUCCAGAGGUUUGAAAAAUAGACUCAGGGAGAGAGUUCACAUUGGCUCAUCCGAUCCACCAAACUUCUUAACAAAGGGACAAUCCUACAAAUCCGUUAUUGGAGACACAUUGGUUCUACCAUGCGAAGUGAAGAAUCUAGGUAAGUCUUUACUUUUCUAUUAUCUUCCGUGA